AUGUCUAAUCGUAUUCAGUUUGCGGAGCCAAUUUCGAAGAAAAAGCAGUAUGGGCCUUCUGGUCGGGGGAGAGAGAAUUCAGAAAAGGGGUCGACACAGAGAUCUCUUUCGCCAGGGAAUGAGAUUGUCUACCCUACAGGAUGGAGACUCAUCCUCACCAUUAUUGGGCUCUUGAUUGGGUUCUUUCUCUCAAACUUGGACGUUACAAUCGUUAGCUCGUCCCUUACCAACAUCACCGAUAGCCUCAAUGGAUUCGAGAAACGAAGUUGGAUUGUUACAGGUUACCUGGCCACCUACACAGGCUCCAUGGCGAUAUGGACAAAGAUCAGCGAUAUCAUUGGACGAAAAUUAGCGACUAUUGCUUCUCUUUUCAUCUUGCUUGCAUUCUCUAUUGGCUGCGGGUGCGCUCAGACUGUCAAUCAACUUAUCGUCUUUCGAGCACUGCAGGGGAUAGGAGGUGCCGGUGCAUAUGCCCUGGCCAUUCUUUGCAUUUACGAAAUCGCUCCUAAAACGAAACUUCCGACUUACAGUGGCGUUAUGUCCUUCUGCAUAGCGGUUGCAGCGUUACUCGGACCAAUCAUUGGAGGUGCCCUUGCACAGCACGCAGCCUGGCGAUGGGUAUUCCUCAUCAACGCUCCCUUGUGCGCAAUUGCAAUCCUUAUUAUCAUGGUCGCAAUGCCGAAACACUUUGGCCUCGACCAACACACUCCUUCUUUCCGAACACGGGCAUCAUAUCGAUCAUUCGCCAACCUAGAUAUUGUGGGAUCGUUUUUAAUGAUCGCGGGCUCAUUUCUAAUCGUUACGGUCUUGAAUGAAGCCAAUCUUGCUUUCUCCUGGGAUUCAAGAGCCUCAGUAGCUCUUCUUGUCCUAACGGGCGUUUCUUGGAUUGCCUUUUUUGUCUGGGAGUGGUAUCUAUCUGGUGUACCUGGUGCAGACCCGAUCUUCCCAAAACGGUGGCUCUGUGACCGCCCAUGGAUGGGCAUUCUCCUCUCUUCAUUCGUCACUGGUGCACCGUGGAAUGUCGUUCUAGUUUAUGUUCCCCAACAAGCACAGAUUCUUCUAGGAAAGUCACCUCUCGAAUCCGGUAUCUACCUGAUUGCAUACUCCGCCGUUGCAGCUGCAGCUGCCGCUAUCGUCAAUAUCGCCAGCUCUAAGGGGCGUAUCCCCUUCUUUUAUUCCCUACUCGUGGGAUGCAUAAUCCACACGGUCGGUGUUGGGCUUCUAUCUAUGAUUACGCGGUCCAAGGGCUUUCGUGCGGCAGAUAUUGGGUACGAAAUUAUUGCUGGCGCCGGCAUUGGCAUAACGCUGGGUGUAUUGCUGCUAGCGACACCCUACAUUGUUGAAGACAGAGAUCUCGCAAUUGCCACUGGAACUAUCGUUCAAUUACGCUUCCUUGGCGGUGCUAUUGGCCUUGCCAUUGCAUCAAAUAUCCUAAAUGGCCGCCUCGCGCAUCACUUGAAAGGUGUUCUGACAUCACAUGAACUCCACCUAUUUCUCGAGAAUGUCACAACGGUGCAAAAGUUGUCUCCACAUCUUCAGGAUGAAGUGAAGAGCGUUUUUGCGAACAGUUACCGUACACAACUGAUAGUCAUGAUCGGCUUCGCAGCCGCUCAGCUGCCGGCAGUUCUACUUCUGAUCAAACCUGGAAGGCAACUUGCCGCAGACAAGGAGAAG